AUGUACCGGAGAUUCAUAGAUGAUCUCCUCCUGAUAUGGAGGGGAUCAAUUGAGGAAGGCACUAAAUUUGUGGAAAGUCUCAAUGACAACGAUGUUGGUCUGAGCUUUACAAGUACUGCAAGUAAAACAAAUAUAGAAUAUUUGGACCUCACACUCUCUAGUGAAGGUAGUAAAGUAGUCACUAAACUACAUAGGAAACAGAUAGCAGGUAAUAGCAUUUUGCAUGCUAAAAGUAUGCAUCCUAAACAUACAAGCUUUGGCAUACUUAAAGGAGAAUUCAUUCGUUUACGAAGGAAUUGCUCUUCAAUAUCAGAGUAUCAUAAUAUGGCCAGAGACUUUAAAGAGAGGUUUUUACAGAGAGGAUUCUCUAGGAAGCUAAUCACUAAAGCAUACAAUAUAGUAUCUAGAAUGGAUAGAGACCAAAUGCUCAAUAUGAAUAGAGCGCACAAAGACAAAAAGAUGAUCAACGUACCAAUAUUUGUAACAAAUUAUAGCAAGCAAUUUGAUCAGAUUGCAAGCAUUAUUCACGAUUGCCUACCGAUCCUUAAAGGAGAUGGAGAUCUCUAUGAGAUAGUACAAAAAGGAUGUAAAUGCAUCCCAAGAAGAAACAAAACCCUGGGGAACAUUUUGGCCCCAAGUGAAAUUAAAAUAAAUCCACAAAGAUCUACAAGCUGGCUGGAAUGCAAGGGCCACUAUAGAUGUGGGGCUGCGAGAUGCAAAGCUUGCUCCUACACCCGAAUUGCAAAGAUGUUAGCUGUGUGUCUUCUCCUUUCUGCACUGCUACCUCUGGGGUCUUCCCUACCAUUACAGGCUCGGGCCCCUCACAAGCUUCUGCUUAUCUCCUUUGAUGGUUUUCGGUGGGAUUACGAUCAGGAUGUGUCUAUGCCCAAUAUGGACGCUAUGGCCAGUGAAGGAGUGAAAGCCAAGUACAUGACUCCAGCAUUCAUCACAAUCACCAGCCCCUGUCACUUCACCCUCCUCACAGGAAAAUACAUUGAGAAUCACGGAGUGGUCCACAAUAUGUAUUUUGACAUGAGUACUGGAGAGAAGAAAGGUUACCACGCCACGCAGGGUGUCUCUAAAUGGUGGGAUAAUGGUAGCCUUCCUAUCUGGAUCACAGCCCAAAGACAGGGACGUAAAACUGGUUCUCUCUUUUUCCCUGGAGGCAAUGCCACAUACAAAGGGGAGAAUGUGAACGUAAAGAAGGUGGAAUCCGUGACUCACAAGUGGGGCAAUGAGACAGAGUGGAGACAAAAUGUUGAUACGGUGAUGAGUUGGUUCACUGAGGAAGAUCUAGAUUUUGUGGCUUUGUACUUUGGAGAACCAGACAGCACUGGACACAAAUAUGGUCCAGACUCUCAGGAGCGUAAGGAUAUGGUCAGUCAAGUUGAUCGCACAAUUGGUUAUAUCCGUAGUCAGAUUAAAAAACACAAUCUUGAGUCAAAACUUAACCUUAUCAUCACAGCUGAUCAUGGUAUGUCCACAGUAAAAAAAGGCCCUGAAGAGAUUGUGCUCAUAGAUAUUGCAAAUUUCACCUACUCUGACCUCGACUUCCACUUGGUAGAUUAUGGCCCUACAGGUUUAAUCUUGCCUAAGGAAGGAAAAUUGGAGAAGGUAUACCAGGCCCUGAAAGGGGCUCACCCCAAGCUACAUGUGUACAAAAAGGAAGAGCUUCCAGAGAGGUUACACUUUGCCAAUAACCCAAGGAUCGCUCCACUGGUGCUAUAUGGAGAACCAGGAUAUGUGAUCCAUGCGUUUGCCAAACUACAGUUUAAUAAAGGUGAACAUGGAUUUGACAAUGACUACAUAGAAAUGAAAACCAUUUUUCGUGCCGUGGGUCCAUCCUUCAAACAGGGGCUGGUUGUGGAGCCAUUUGAGAGUAUUCAUGUAUAUGCCCUGUUGUGUGAGCUUCUGGGAAUCAAACCUGAACCUAAUGAUGGGUCCCUGGAUGUGACACGGAACAUGUUGCUGGAGGAGAAUAAUGAUGAUGACAGAUUUCCUAAUGGCCUUCCAAAUGAACUCUACAUAGCCACGCUUUGUCUCACAUCAGUGCUGGGCCUGCUUCUCGUCAUUUUUAUUGUCGCGACAAUCACAACAAGCAUUCAAAGGCGCAAGCAAAGGCGAAGAGAGGAGAAAUUCUGAGACCCCCAGAUCACAACUUGGACUAUAUGAAAUGAUGGGGAAAUCCUCCUCCGGAUCUGCUGUUGACCUUUGAAGUGGUUUAACACUUUCCUUACCACAGUACACUUGGUGGAGAGAAUAUUACAGAACAAAAAAUGGGUUCAUAGCUGUCACUGGCCAGGCUCCUCCAACCUUUAUUUGCAUCCCACAUAACCUAUGAAUAAGGGAUAUUAUUUUACAAUAAACUGGGAGCAGUAACACCGCUUUUUGAGGCUCCUUUUACAUAUUUUGAGAAUCAGGACCAUUUUCCAGUAUUACACAGCUACAAAGUCAAAUAUAAUGUUGUAUGUCUAACAUUGUACACAGUGUUGUACACUGAAUCACACACCACUCACAGUAUUUUGAUUUUUUUUGACUUACUUACUAAAGUAUUGGGAGAGCAGAAAGACUUUAAUAAGUUCUGUAAUCAAAGGUCUAGAUUACGAGUGGAUCGAAAAUUAACGCUCCCGCUUGAGUGUUAAUUGUGCUAGAAUUAAGUUUUUGUGUUUGUCGGGUUGCGCUCGUACUAUGAGUUGAAAGUAAACAGUUUUCGCUCUCGCGCUAACCCAUCAAACGCAAAAAAUAGAGAAAAAAAAGUGGAAAAAAACACCCCUCUCUCACACAAACACGAUUGCAUAUUCUCAUUUGCGCUAACGCAGCAUGAAAAUAUGAAUAAAUACAUAGAACAUAUUCUGCUAUGUGUAGAAAUAUUUACAGUCAAUAUAUAGUUAAAACCUUUAUAAAAAUUGAUAUUGCAUAAAAAA